AUGAAGGAAGAGACUCUCAGCUGGACCCCCGGUGGACCUCGGGUGAAUCGAUUCACAGUCGAUCGGAUUCCGCGGCCCCCGAGGGCAGCGCCCCACACGUGGAGCUUCCGGGGAUUGCAAGGUUUCUGCCAGGGGCAAUUCAUCAAGUUCACCUCUUCUCUGUUUUGCUCUUUCCUCUGUUUCCCUAUCCCACUCACCAUGCCCUCCAAACCGGCCAACAAGUCCUCGGGCUGCUGUUUUUCUAUCCGGAGUCUCAGCUUCCUGGCGGUCUUCCUCGCUCUGUUCUCCGCUGUCUACAGCUUCCUCAACGCGCGUCUGGAGCAGUUCUACAUCUUCGAACCGGGCCACCUGCACGAUCUCUCCCAGCGUGCAAUCAAAGCCCAUGGCGAAGACACGCGCUCCGUGGUCAAUUACAUUGUUGCCGAGCUGGAGCAGAAGGUUGGCCCGCAGUACCUGAGCCACGAGGAGGAAUGGGUGUUCAACAAUGCAGGAGGUGCUAUGGGUGCCAUGCACAUCAUUCAUGCCAGUAUCACUGAGUACCUGAUCAUCUUCGGCACUGCGAUUGGUACCGAGGGUCACACCGGCCGACACACCGCCGACGACUACUUCAACAUUCUUCAUGGCACCCAGUUAGCCUACGUGCCCGGUAGCUUCGAGCCUGAGGUUUACCCCGCCGGCACUGUCCAUCACCUCCGCCGCGGGGAGGUCAAGCAGUACAAGAUGGACUCGUCCUGCUUCGCGCUGGAGUACGCUCGUGGAUGGAUCCCGCCUAUGCUCUUCUUCGGCUACGCCGACACUUUCUCCAGCACCUUGGAUUUCCCAACCUUGUGGGCGACGUCGCGUAUCACCGGGCGUGAGAUGAUCUCCAACCUGCUGAAAUGGAAGCUGUGA